AUGGCUGACGAGGAAGAGUUACAAAAAGUGAAUGUUGGUAAGGAUGAAUUCGGUGGUUUGAUUGGCGGCAUUGCGGGCAAUCUAAUCGAGAACCAGGUCGGUGGUAGCGCCGGACAGAUCCUCGGGGGACUUAUUCGAGGAGGUGGAUGUGCGGCGGAUCGAAGUUUGUUCCCUUUACCACUUUGUGAUCUGAGCUAG